UCACCUCUCCUUUUCUUUCUCUCUCUCUCUCUCUGUCUUCUCACUCAUCAGCUCUUCGUUUCUCUUAGGAUCCAUGGACUAGAGCUGACAGCAACUGGAAAACUGCCCGAGGGGGAGGCUGAAGUCCAGCGGCUCACAACAUCAGAAAAUAAAACCAGGCAAUCAAUUUGAAAGCGCUCCCGCUCUGCAAUAAAUCAAGUCAAUGAAGCUGGCAUCCCUGUGGAUUCUUAAAGCAGAGCAUUAUGCACUAGUUAACAGGCUGCAAGCUGCCUUCUUGUUUUAAGCUUUUUUGUCUUCUCUCUUCUUGGGGAAAGGACUACGUUUCCAUUGGCUGGGCUUUUUUUUUUCUAAUUCUCCUUCCCUCCCACACUAUUGCACAUCACCUUGGUGUUUCCCCUAACAAAAAGCAGCUCUCCUUUUAUUGCACUAAGGAAACCAAGAGGCAGACUCUGAAUGGAUCCUGUAUAAAUAUUUACCACUGACAGUUCUGACCAGACAACGCAGAGCACUUAGGAUAAAAAAAAAAAUAAUAAUCAUAGCAGUUUGCCUUUUGUGUUGUGGCUGCUGUUGACCUAAGGGGCAUCAGAACAGUUAGCAAAUUAAUUACAUUACAAGGGGAAAAGAGAUGGAUCUUAAGGAGGACACUAGUGAGGGAAGUGUGGAAAGCCUGCCACCCCCAACUAUCCAAGAUUUUGCCCGUAGCUCCACCCUUCAUGGAAUUCGAUAUAUAUUUGUAUAUGGACCAAUGAAUAUGCGACGCUUCAUGUGGACUCUGACCUUUUUAGGCUCCUUGGGCCUUCUUGUGGUUGAGAGCGCUGAACGUGUAGCAUUCUACUUUUCCUAUCCACAUGUCACAAAGGUAGAUGAAGUAGUGGCCAACAGCUUGCUCUUUCCCGCUGUCACCAUCUGCAAUUUUAAUAAGUUUCGUUUCUCCAAAGUGGGCACAAAUGAUCUAUAUCAUGCUGGGGAGUUACUUACAUUGCUUGAUGUCAACCAAGAGAUCCGAGACCCUCACCUGGCAGACCCAUCUGUCUUGGCAAUUCUGCAGCAGAAGGCUAACUUCAAAAACUUCAGGGCUGUCCCGUUCAACAUACGAGAGUUUUUUGACCGGGUGGGCCAUGAUCUGAAGGAUAUGAUGCUGUAUUGCAAGUAUAAAGGGCAGGAGUGUACACACAAAGACUUUCAGUCUGUAAGUAUACACAUAUCUAUGUCAGCACACAGAAAAGUAUUGUGUAUUUCUUGCCUAAGAAGUAUGUAG